ACCACGAGGAAAGUUUUUGGUAUCAUUAAAAUACAUUUUAAAAACCCAUUCAUAAUUAAAUCAUUCAUUAUUCAUCUGUUUCUUCUUUUUUUAACAUGUAUCAAUGUAUCCUUUUCUUUAUUUCAGACUUCGUUUGUUUGAAGACGCUGUAGAUUCCCCGGUGCAGACAACUUCCGGUGAAGUCUGGGACGAGAUCGAGGCCGUAAUCACUCCCUAUGGAAAGUACAAGUCACCAGGCUCUGGAGCCGAUUUUUCGAUAAAGAUUCCAUCGCGGAAGUCACUGAAACGCCAAACAUCAGACGCCAGAAGAAGCUUGUUUUCUGGAAAACGACUAGCAGACGACAAUCUUGAAGUAGACUCUCCCGCCACGAAGAAACAUAGGAGCUGUUCUGUACUGGCGGACUCCAAUGAUAUCAUCGAAGCUGUUGAACGUUUAGAAUCACAUGAACUCGUAGCUGACGCAACUCGUUGCUACACAUUACCCACAAUUCCCGGCAAACAUAGCGACCUCAAGUCCAUCUCUCCAGAAACAGUGGCGGACAUCAUGGAAGGGCGAUAUUCAGAACAGCUUGGGAAAGUAACCAUAGUCGACUGUCGGUACCCGUAUGAGUUUGAGGGAGGUCACAUCCGGGGAGCUGUAAACCUGUACACAAAGGACGCUGUCAACACACUGCUCCAGGAGACGUCGACGUCAGAGCAACCACAUGUGCUGAUCUUCCACUGCGAAUUCUCCUCAGAGAGAGGGCCAAAAAUGUAUCGUUUCUUGAGAAGCCAGGACCGUGAGGUGAACAAACACAGAUAUCCACAUCUCAACUUCCCAGAGAUUUACUUGCUCGACGGGGGCUACAAGGUGUUCUUUACUGCACACAAGGAUAUGUGUGAUCCAAUCAGCUACAAGCCAAUGUUACACGAGGACCAUGCUGCAGACCUACGCCACUUCCGUGUCAAGUCGAAAUCAUGGACCGCUGGUGAGAAACAGAAGACUAGCAGACGACAAAGAAGCAGGCUUGCUUGCUUAAAUAUUGACUUCUAAACAUAGAGGUAAUGUUGAAAAUUGAAAGUGUUGAAAAGUGCUAAAUGUAAGACAUGUGCUAGUUGUGCUAUAUGUUGUUUUGUUAACUGUGUUUGUUGAUUAUUUCUUGUUUUGUGCUGUGAAGAAAUAAAAUAUGAU